UAUGAAUGCGAGAAGAAGUGAAACUAUGCAAGCCAAGUGUUCGUGCUGUCCUUACGGAUUUCAUGUUGCCCGUGAUUUUAUUAAUUUCAGCGACUCUCUCUAUUCAUCUGAUUCCUUAAAUAACCUGCAUAAAAUUAAUAGAGAUGCUAAACCUAGACGCCAAAGUUUUGACAAGCACUUCAGCGAACCGCCGUCACUUGACAGUAGCCGGGAACAUACUACCUCACCUCAACUUAUUCCUAGGGUUCCAGCUCGAAGGGGUAGAUAUAAAACGGAAACGGAAGUUUACCUACAUGUUCCCCAAGUAAACGGUAUACCGGUUGCGGAUAACGCAUCUAUUUCCAACUCUCAUCCGAUUCUAAUAAGAGAGGAAGAAAGUAAUGAUGAGCUUACGGCCGAUAAGUUGAUCUUAUUAUGGUCUAAUUUCCUACCUUCAAACGACUUGAAUACUAGUGAAAGUCACAACCCAGCUUUACGGCGAUUAAAACAACAAAUGGCUGCCGCAAUCAGCCGUAUGAAGCAAUUAGAGCAAGAUUCCAACUCUUUAUCAACUCUCAGACAAAAGUGUCAAAUGCUUCAGGAGGAAAAUCGCCAAUUAUCAUCUCAACCCCGUAGAAAAGCUUUACAUUCUCGUUCUAUUGGCGUGGGUAGCGAUCAACCCGAAUGGAAUCUUAGUCUAAACGAUCGAUUCAAUAAUAGUACAAAUCAAAGGAGAACAAUUGAAACGGAAAGUCAUUCGGACGAAAGGGUUCGCGUAAAAGAGAAGGAAAUCCAUACGAUUUUAACUGGUAAGUGUUAUACAAUGCCAGAGACUAAGGAUAGAAUACCCAAAACUACCCGGUCGGUUGCGGUUGAAACGGAUCGUACUGAUGAUGAUUCGCAAAUUCGGAUACACGAGAAAGAGUUGAGAACGGUGUUGAUUGGUGAGAAACUAGGUGGUGGUGGCCAAACUGUACAGCGUAGAAAUGUUGGUGUGCUCUGUAAAUCUGCAAUGCGAGAUGUAGGUGUUAGUUACAUGUGCGAUUGGAAAGCUGAUACGCGUACCGUGGGCGUCGGAGUAGGUGAACAACUGGGUCAGAUAUUAGAAGGGAAAUUAGAUUUAAGCGAAUUAACUAUGCCAGACGACCAUUUAGGGACUUCUACAUCUUAUACAACUAUACAACAAACUAAUCUUGCAGCCUUCUACAGCAAAGUUGUUAAUAUCAAUUACGAUGCAUUUAGAAAUAUGCUAGAAGAAAAGUUCAAGAAGAACGUUCGAACGGUAGCUAUUCAAGUAAAAGCUGUAGAGACAUGCGAUAGGGGAAUAAAUCAUAAAAGUUCGGGAAAUUGCGUUUCAACAGGGGUAGGAAACGAUUCGAUUCAGGUUAGGGUGCAACCAAUUGUGAAAACUAGAUCUGUUGGCCUCUCAAUUUGCCCUUCAACUAGAAAUUCGGUUGUACAAACUGGUACCAGAUUCCUACUAGAUUCCUCAACAAAUACCCCAAGAGCAUUGGGGGUCGACAAGGGCACGAAUCCGUUUCCUCCCGAAUCUUAUCCUGCAUCAACCAAUACGGAUAUUAUCCGACAUUUAUCUGCCUCAGUUCAAACGGAAGUAAAAUCCGCUAAAAAUUCCAGUCUUUUUAGACAUUCGUCGUGCAAUACAGACAGGCGUUACCUAGUUAAUAAAUCAUCGAAUACCGAUAAGAAUUACGAAAGCGACAAAUCAAAAUCAGGCCCAUCACCCCUCUCUUCCUUAUUAAAACCACCUCCUUCUCAGCCAUUAAGAAAGAAAAGCAUGCUGGACAAAGCAAUUAUUACGGAUAAAGUAAGAAUGUAUAACGCAGCAACUGCAACAAUUAUGCCUACAACUUCUCGAGGCUGUUCUACAGAUCGUAAAGUAUUUCACAAUAGCAGUACGAACACUAUCCGAAUUCAUACUUACGAUAAACAUUCGAGCGUAUUGCCUGAAAAUUUCGAUAAAAAACAAAAAAGCUUACCGACUAAAGUUAGAGAGCAAGCCGUUCAAGUAAACUUUAUAGAAGUAGAAGAAGAGGAAGAGGACGAAGAUGAGGAAGAGGAUGAUGAUGAAGAGAUUGAGGAGGACGAGGAAGAGUUGGAAGAAGAUGCGGAGGACGAUGAUGAACAAGAAGAGGAUGAAGAAGAAGUAUACGAAGAGGACGAGUUAGAAGUAGGGGAAGAAGUAUACUCAAAUAUGGCACCAGAUGUUCAGUAUGGCGAAGAAGAGAGUUCAUUACAGAACCUAAUGGACGAUUUUGAGGAAUUGGAAAAAAAGACGGAAGAUGUUUUCUUGUCAAACUUGACAACGAGAAACGUCAACAGGGGAAAUAACAAGACUAGACUUGAAAAGGCUGAUGAGAAUACAGAAGAUGAAGAAGAAAGACAAAUAAAAGUACGACAACGAGUUGAUAGAUUGGACGUGUAUUCUGGUACACCGGAUGAUACUGGUGAUGAGUUUACUGUACAACAAGAACACCAACCAUCAUCUUCUUCAUCAUCAGCUGCUCUGAGAAAUUCAGCACUAAAGUCGAUAAUGAAAAAUGCCGGUUUAAGGUCGGAACCACGCAAUAAAGCCAUAAAAUUCGCUGAAAAAUUGAUUGAACAAGAGGAUAAGAAUUGCUCGUCAAAGGAUGACAACCAGGAUCAUUUCUCCGAUUCAGAUUCUUCCUAUGCCAGUCAAACUUCCACCAGUUACGACGAAGCUUCGUACGACGGCCGUAUGGGAAAGGUUGAAUACGUUAGAAAAAUUGAUACAACUGAUAUAACGGACGAAGACUCUUCGGCACAUAUAACUGAUCAAAAUUUUAGGGACGUCUACGAAUUAUCUAAAGCGGCUAAAGACGCCUGCGAUACCUACUCAAUUUGGUUAGCCGAUCCUACGGAGGUUACUACAAAAGAUAAGAGCGAAGCAACUUCGAAAUUGCAAAAAGAAUGGUUUAGUAUCUCUUCGCAUAAAACUUCGGAAGUGACUCAAGUAGAGGAUUUAUUAAAUUCUGUUGCUGAAAUAUCAAAAGACCUUUUAAAGAUCGUUGUCAAUCUAACGGACGAUAACGGCAAUACAGCUCUCCACUAUUCAAUAUCUCACGGAAAUGUCGAUAUCGUAAGCCUACUCUUGGACACGGAUCUCUGCGACGUUGAUAAACCGAAUAGAGCCGGUUAUACGCCACUUAUGUUGGCCGCUUUAGCUCAGCUACAAACUCCCAAACAUAAAGAUGUUGUCAGUAAAUUAAUGGAAGUGGGUGAUGUCAAUGCAAAGUCAACUCAAGCUGGUCAAACAGCCUUGAUGCUAGCUGUCUCUCACGAUAGAAUAGAUACAGUAAAAUUAUUAUUAGACGCCGGUGCUAAUAUAAACGAACAAGACGAUGACGGUUCUACCGCUUUAAUGUGCGCAAGCGAGCACGGUUAUAUAGAUAUCGUGAAAUUACUUUUGAAUCAACGAAAUUGCGAUAUACUAGCAACCGAUAACGACGGAUCGUCAGCCCUAUCCAUAGCAAUGGAAGCCGAUCAUAAGGAUGUCGGCGUACUACUCUACGCUCAUAUGCAGUCAAAGCCACUAUCUUCUCAGUUAAGCGGAAGCGGAAAGAAAAUUUCGAGAAGUUCCAGCCUAGUUAGUUCCUUUUUGGCACCGAAUACCUCAAAUCUUUCGAAAAAUUCGGCCAGAAGCGUUGACAACGUACCUUUGACUGAUACAAUUACAACAACAACAACACAUAUAAGAAGUCCAUUUAUAUCUGCAAAGAAGACUUCUCGCCAAGUACAUAAUAUAAGCGGCGGCUUACAUCCUCGGCAAACAAAAACCUUUUUAAGACGUUAAGCAAUAAUGAAACAAAUAAGAACAACAGUAACGGCAUAAAGCGUCUUUUGUGUAUAUAUACUGUAUGUAUAUAUAUAUAUAUGUAUAUAUAUAUAUAUAUAUAUAUAUAUAUAUAUAUA